GACUCGCCCUUGGCCCCUGGCCUCCUCUCGGGGCGCCCCCCCAGGAGUCCCAUCCCCCACGCCCCAGCCACUCCGCCCCUCCAGGCCCCAGGGGUCCCCACCCACCGUUAUGGAGUCGGUAAAGGUAGUGGUGCGCUGUCGCCCCAUGAACCAGCGGGAGCGGGAGCUGAACUGCCAGUCCGUGGUGACUGUGGACUCCGCGCGCGGCCAGUGCUUCAUCCAGAACCCAGGCGCUGCCGACGAGCCCCCGAAGCAGUUCACCUUCGAUGGCGCCUACCACAUGGAGCACUUCACCGAGCAGAUCUACAACGAGAUCGCCUACCCCCUGGUGGAGGGCGUCACCGAGGGCUACAACGGCACCAUCUUUGCCUAUGGCCAGACAGGCAGCGGGAAAUCCUUCACCAUGCAGGGCCUGCCGGACCCACCCUCCCACAGGGGCAUCGUCCCCAGGGCCUUCGAGCACGUGUUUGAGAGCGUCCAGUGUGCAGAGGACACCAAGUUUCUAGUCCGGGCCUCGUACCUGGAGAUCUACAAUGAAGAUGUCCACGACCUGCUAGGGGCUGACACCAAGCAGAAGCUGGAGCUGAAGGAGCACCCCGAGAAAGGCGUGUACGUGAAGGGGCUGUCCCUGCACCUGGUGCACAGCGUGGCCCAGUGUGAGCGCAUCAUGGAGACCGGCUGGCGGAACCGAGCGGUGGGUUACACCCUGAUGAACAAGGACUCCUCCCGCUCCCACUCCAUCUUCACCAUCAGCAUCGAGAUCUACGCCGUGGAUGAGCGGGGUGAGGACCACCUCCGCGCAGGAAAGCUUAACCUGGUGGACCUGGCAGGUAGCGAACGGCAGUCCAAGACGGGAGCCUCAGGGGAGCGGCUCAAGGAGGCCACCAAGAUCAACCUGUCGCUGUCAGCGCUGGGCAACGUCAUCUCCGCCCUGGUGGAUGGGCGCUGCAGGCACAUCCCCUACCGGGACUCCAAGCUCACCCGGCUGCUGCAGGACUCCCUGGGCGGCAACACCAAGACGCUGAUGGUGGCCUGCCUGUCCCCGGCCGACAACAACUAUGAUGAGACCCUCAGCACCCUGCGCUACGCCAACCGAGCCAAGAACAUCAAGAACAAGCCCUGCAUCAACGAGGACCCCAAGGACGCCCUCCUGCGCGAGUACCAAGAGGAGAUCAAGAAGCUCCGGGCCAUCCUGGCACAGCAGCUGAGUCCCAGCAGCCUGUCAGCCCUGCUGUCUGGCCAGCUGCCCCUGAGCCCUGCCCAGGUUGAGGAGACGAUGUUGUCCAGCCUUGUGGUCCAGCAGGACAUGGAGGCCGAGAAGCAGUUGAUCCGAGAGGAGUACGAGAAGCGCCUGGCCCGGCUGAGGGCCGACUACGAGGCAGAGCAGGAGUCCCGCACCAGGCUGGAGGAGGACAUCACCGCCAUGCGCAACUCGUAUGACAUGCAGCUGUCCACGCUGCAGGAGAACCUGCGGAAGGGGACAGAGGCCGUUCUGAAAGCAGAAGUCCUCCACGGUGCCAAGGUCCUGCCCAGGGCCGAGUUUGCCAACGUGUCUGAACAUGCACCUCCCUUCUGGUUCGAGGCACCCGUGAGGCCUGCCGCGUCCUCUGUGCCCAACACCCUGCCCAGAGAUGUGGUCUCCAACACCCAGAUUCCCUCCAGAUCUGAGGAGCUGCGUAGGGCAGAGCCCUCCAAGUCUGAGAUUUCUCUCAGGUCCAGUGAGUCAUCCACACUGGAAGAAUCCUGCAUGUGUGAAGCCUUCCCUGGGCCCGAGGAGCUGUCCAGCCUGGAGCUCGGCGGGCCGGAGGUGGGGUCCCAGAGCAAGUACUUCCUGGAGGAGGACCUCGGCCAGGAGGACGCUGGGACCCGGCCGGAGGGCGAGAACUACAUCCAGGCGGAGGAGCCGCCCCUGGUGGCCCCGCGGAUGGGACCAAACCUGCAGGACCCGGUUGCCGAGGUGGACGCCAAGCUGGCCGGCCUGUCCUCCAUGGUGGCCAGGACGGAUGCGCUGCCAGUCCCCGUUCAGGAGGCUGAUCUGGUCCCAGAAGUGGCGGAGGUGCCCACGGCAGAGCUGGAGACGUGGAUGGAAGCCAAGGCCCAGAUGGUCCUGGCGACCCAGCCUCAGCCCCUGCUGGCCACAGCAAGUGGGAGAAGCGGGAGUGUGGGUGUGGAUGAGGCUGCGCUGACGGAGGAGCCGCUGCCUGUCGUGGACCAGCAGCGGGUGCUGGCCCGUUUGCAGCUGCUGGAGCGACAGGUGGUGGGCGGGGAGCAGGCGGAGAACAAGGACCUGAAGGAGAAGCACAGGCGGCGGAAGCGGUACGCAGAUGAACGCAAGAAACAGCUGCUGGCCGCGCUGCAGAGCUCGGAUGAGGAUGUCGGGGAUUGGGUGCUGCUCAAUGUCUACGACUCCAUCCAGGAGGAAGUGAGGGCCAAGAGCAAGCUGUUGGAGAAGAUGCAGAGGAAGCUUCGGGCAGCAGAGGUGGAGAUCAGAGACCUGCAGUCAGAGUUUGAGCUGGAGAAGAUCGAUUACCUGGCCACCAUCCGGCGGCAGGAGCGAGACUCCAUGCUCCUCCAGCAGCUCCUGGAGCGGGUGCAGCCGCUGAUCCGCAGGGACUGCAACUACAGCAACCUGGAGAGGAUCCGGCGCGAGGCGAGCUGGGACGAGGACAGCAGCUCCUGGAGGAUCGCUGAGCCCGUCACCAUAAAAACCAGCCUCCCAGGAGUUCCAACUGGGCCACAGACCAAGCCAGCCCGCAAAACCUCUGCCACAGACAGCAGAGAGCCAAACAUGCAGGAAGAAGACCGCUACAGGUUGAUGCUUAGCCGGAGUGACAGUGAAAAUAUUGCCAGUAACUACUUCCGGUCCAAGCGAGCCAGCCAGAUCCUCAGCACAGACCCCAUGAAGAGCCUCGUGCAUCACAGCUCAUUGCCAGGCCUCAGCUCCCUGCUCAGCAACAACGCUGCCAUCCCGCCCACCCAGGCCCCUGAAAUGCCCCAGCCCCGACCCUUCCGCCUUGAGUCCCUUGACAUCCCCUUCACCAAGGCCAAGCGUAAGAAAAGCAAAAGCAACUUGGGCAGUGAGGCUCUGUGAUGGCAGCUGCCCGCUGCUACCUGCCUUUAGGCUUCUGAACUGCCAGGCCCUCCCAGGCUAGCCCCUAUUCAGGCCUCCUCCCUCAUCCCCUCAGAGCAACUGGGGCCCAAGAGGGUCUUCACCCCGGGGAAGAUACAUCCCCUUCCCUGUUCCCCGGAGAGCCCACCUCUGCCCGGGCCUGAGCCCCUGAGAGGCCUGCUCCAGCUGUCCACUCUGCCACCACAGUGGCCUUGGCCUUGAUGGGCUCAGCAGCUUCAGGCCUGCAAGCAGGGCUUUCGCCAGCAGCCUUGGUGUUAGCGGGCAGCAGCUGCCACACAGAUGAAGCUCCACAUCUUGGCGACUGAAAUUUGUGCCUCUGUGUAGGUGGCCCUUUCCAGGGCAGCCCAGCCCCGCAGGACAGGCACACGAGUCCUGCAGCAGCCGUUCUGCUCGGCCACUUCUGGCUGGGCUGUGGCCCAAAGAAGGCUGCUGCACAUUAAGCUGCCCAAUAAACUGCCUUUCAGA